AUGGGAAGCAGGUGCUGGCUACUGCUCUCGGGUCUCGGUGUCAUGCUGACUCUGUCAGGAUCAGAAGCCAAGAACUCUAGAGCCUUCUGUCCUCAAUGCCCUGAGCAUGCCAUCUGCUACAACAGCACCCACUGUGCCUGUGAGGAUGGAUUCCAGAGCAGGUCUGGGAGGAGACACUUUUACAGCUCCUAUGACACGUGUGAUGUCUAUGAAAUCAGGAGGUGCAAUGAGACAAGCGAAAAGGCUCUUCUGGAAGCUGGAAAUAAUACUAUGCAUAUUGACUGCACUCAUGCUUUCAAAGGAACUAUAAUGGGUAGAAGUGCAGUUGCCCUUAUCACAUAUCAGUCUCUUGGAGAUAUUCUGAAUGGAUCAUUUUUUAAUAACAGAAGAGGAAUGCAGGAAGUAAAACUAAACUCUCAUGUUGUGAGUGGCACCAUUGGCUUGAAGGACAAACUUUACCUGUCCAAACCCAUAGUCCUAACUUUUCAACAUAUUCAGGUGAGCAGAAAUGAAACAUUAUGUGUCUACUGGGAAGACUCACAGGAACAGGGAGGCAGCUGGUCCACAGAGGGCUGCUCUCACGUAUACAGCAACGAUUCUCACACCCAAUGCAAGUGCUACCAUCUGUCCUGCUUUGCUGUCCUUGUGGCUCUUACCCCCAAGGAGGAUCCUGUGCUGACAAUUAUCACCCACAUGGGGCUGACCAUGUCUGUGCUGUGCCUCUUCCUGGCAGCCCUCACCUUCCUCCUGUGCCAGCCCAUCCAGAACACCAGCACCACCCUGUACCUGCAGCUCUCUCUGGCCCAUCUCCUCUUCCUCAUAGGCAUCAACAGAACUAAGUCUCAGGUGCUGUGCUCCCUCAUUGCAGGCCUACUGCACUACCUCUACCUGGCCACAUUCACCUGGAUGUUUCUUGAAGGGCUGCACCUCUUCCUCACUGUUAGGAACCUCAAGGUGGCCAACUACACCAGCAUGGGCCAGUUCAAGAAGAGGUUCAUGUACCCUGUGGGCUAUGGGAUCCCGACUGUGAUUGUCGCUGUGUCUGCAGUGAUUGGACACAAAAACUAUGGAACAUACACUCAAUGCUGGCUUAAGCAUGAAAUGUUGAUCUGGAGUUUCAUGGGGCCGGUGGGAGUCAUUAUCUUGAUAAACCUUGUUUUCUACUUUCAAAUUCUGUGGAUUUUGAGAAGAAAACUCUCCUCCCUCAAUAAAGAAGUUUCCACAAUUCAGGACACCAGAGUCAUGACGUUUAAAGCCAUUGCCCAGCUAUUUGUCCUGGGAUGUUCUUGGAGCCUUGGCUUUUUUAUGGUUGAAGAAGUAGGGGAGACAGUUCACUCGGUCACCAGCUACUUAUUCACCAUUGUCAACAUCCUUCAAGGGGUGCUACUCUUUGUGGUGCAUUGCCUUCUCAAUCACCAGGUGCUAAUGGAAUACAAGAAAUGGUUUACUGGGAUGUGGAAAGGGAUAAAAACUGAAAGCUCUGAGAUGUCUCAGACUACCAUCCACACCAAAGAGAGUGUAUUAACUUUCCAUCUUAAGACACUCAUGGCCACUUACUGUUUGUGUGGGAAAGGAGAUGAGUAUGACAACAGGGUAAUUUGGCCAGUUGCAUACCUGAAGCUCAGUUCUGUUGAUGCCUGUGAGGAAAAGGAGGUGGGCCAGGAGCAGGCAGAGAGAGAGCUGCAGGUGGAGGGUGGUGCUGGUGUUCUGGAUGGGCCGGCACAGGAGGAAGGUGAGGACUGCCAGGAAGAGACACAGCACCGACAUGGUCAGCCCCACAUAAGUGAUCACAGUCAGCAUGGGGUCCUCCUGAAAACCAACAAAGGAGGACUCUGUUACAGUUUUAGCUGUACCAUUGUGUUCCUGAUGGAAACACAGAUGGUCUUCUAA